GCAGGAAUAAACUGCAAUAAACUGCAGAGGUUCCCUCAUCCUGUUUCUCACUUCAAGUUUUGGAUGCUGCAAGCCGGGUGAGCAGAGGUCCCAGGCGCUGUCCCGGGCAGCCCUGCAUCCGAGAGCUACCAUGAAUCACUUCCAGACCAUCCUGAGUCAGGUCCGGAUGCUGCUCUCCAGCCAUCGGCCGAGCCAAGUGCAGGCGCUUCUGGACAACCUGCUGGCAGAGGAUCUUCUCUCCAGGGAGUACCACUACGCCCUGCUCCAUGAGCCUGAUGGUGAGGCUCUGGCCAGGAAGAUCUCCUUGACCCUGAUGGAGAAAGGAGACCCAGACUUGGCCCCCUUGGGGUGGAUCUGGAGUGGGCUGCAGGCCCCGGCAGCCGAGAGGGACUCCGGCUACAAGGACCCUGGGGGCAGUGGACAGCACACAACCAUGGAGUUGGGGCCUCUAGAAGGUGGGUACCUGGAGCUUCUCAACAGCAAUGCUGACCCUUUGCAUCUCUACCACCUCUAUGACCGGAUGGACCUGGCUGGAGAAGAAGAGCUAGAGCUCUGCUCAGAACCUGAUACGGACACCAUCAACUGCGAACAGUUCAGCAGGCUGUUGUGUGAUAUGGAAGGUGAUGAAGAGACCAGGGAGGCUUAUGCCAAUAUCGCGGAACUGGACCAGUAUGUCUUCCAGGAUUCCCAGCUGGAGGGCCUGAGCAAAGACAUUUUCAUCGAGCACAUAGGACUGGAAGAAAUGAUCAGCGAGAGUGUGGAGGUGCUGGAGGAAGCAGGACAGAAAAGUCAGAAAAGACCCUUCCCAGAGGAGCUGCCUGUGGAUCUGAAGCACAGGAAGCUAGCUGACCCCCUAGCCAUGCCCGUGGUGACUAGUGCUUUCCUGGUGGGGCUAGUGAGUGACUCUUCAGCUCAGCCCUGCCCAUCACCACCUGCUCUGUUCAACAAGGAGCCAGCACCCAGCCAGACCCGGCUGGAGGACACCGUGCCCCCUUCCAGUUCCUUGUUGAGCUGCCUGAGUCUCCCUGCUGGACCCAUCCAGAUCAUCCCCACUCUCUCCACUCUGCCCCAGGGGCUCUGGCAAAUCUCAGGGGCUGGGACAGGGGUCUCCAGUAUACUCAUCUACCAAGGUGAGAUGCCCCAGGCCAGCCAAACACCCGCCUCCAGCUGCACAGCUGUCCACAGCCUCCCAAAGUCCCCAGACCGGCCCGGCUCCACCAGCCCCUUUGCCCCAUCGGCAGCUGACCUCCCCAGCAUGCCUGAACCAGCCCUGACCUCCCGUACAAACCUAACAGAGGAUGAGAUGUCCCCCACCCAAUGCCCAGCAGCUCACGAGGCAUCCAGCAAGCUUCCCAAGUGGCCUGAGAGUGUGGAACAAUUCUACUGCUCGCUACGGAACAAGUACCAGGCUAAGCCCGCAGGCCCAGAAGGCAUCCUGGUGGAGGUGGACCUGGUGAGGGUAAGGCUGGAGAGGAGCAGCGGCAAAAGCCAGGACAGAGAGCUGACCACCCUGGACUGGGCAGAGCGGCAGCCGGCCCGAGGAAGUCUGGGCGAGGUGCUGCUGGCCUCUAGCAACCACCGGCGGCCACGUGAGACGCAGGUGAUCGCCGUGCUGGGCAAAGCAGGACAGGGGAAGAGUCACUGGGUCCAGACCGUGAGCUGGGCCUGGGCCUGCGGCCAGCUGCCACAGUACGACUUUUUCUUCUGCAUCCCCUGCCACUGUUUGGACCGUCCGGGGGACACCUACCGCCUGCAGGAUCUGCUCUUCUCCCUGGGUUCACAGCCACUGUCAGUGGACGACGAGGUCUUCAGUUACAUCUUGAGGAGGCCCGACCGCAUUCUGCUCAUCCUGGAUGCCUUCGAGGAGCUCGAAGCCCAAGACGGCUUCCUGCACAGUGCGGGUGGACCCACGUCAGCAGAAGCCCGCUCCCUCCGGGGGCUGCUGGCGGGCCUCUUCCAGCGCAAGCUGCUGAGAGGCUGCACCCUGCUGCUUACAGCCCGGCCCCGGGGCCGCCUGGCCCAGAGCCUGAGCAAGGCCGACGCUCUGUUCGAAGUGGCCGGCUUCUCCGCCCAGCAGGCCGAGACCUAUGUGAUGCGCUACUUUGAGUGUUCGGGGACCACCGAGCACCAAAAGAGAGCCCUGGCGCUCCUCCAGUCCCAGCCAUUUCUCCUGAGUCACAGCCAUAGCCCCACUGUGUGCCGGGCCGUGUGCCAGCUCUUGGAGGCCCUCCUGGAGCUAGGUGAUGAGGCCCAGCUGCCUUCCACGCUCACGGGACUCUAUGUUGGCUUACUAGGCCCAGGAGCCCGUGACAGCCCCCCAGGGGCCCUGGUGGGACUGGCCAGGCUGGCCUGGGAGCUGGGCCGCGGUCACCAGAGCAGCCUGCGGGAGGGCCAGUUCCCAUCGGCCGAGGUGAGGGUCUGGGCUGUGGCCCAAGGCUUGGUGCAGCCCACCCCGGGGGCCCCGGAGACCAAGCUGGCCUUCUCCAGCUUCCUCCUGCAAUGCUUCCUGGGGGCCGUGUGGCUGGCUCUGAGCAGCGAAAUCAAGGACAAGGAGCUGCCGCAGUAUUUGGCAUUGACCCCGAGGAAGAAGAGGCCCUAUGACAACUGGCUGGAGGGCGUGCCGCGCUUUCUGGUCGGGCUGGUCUUCCAGCCUCGUGCCUGCUGCCUGGGAGCCCUGGCAGGGCUGGCGGGCUCCGCCUCAGCGGUCAGGAAGCAGGAGGUGCUCACCAGGUACCUGAAGCGGCUGCAGCCUGGGGCGCUGAAGGCGGGGCGGCUGCUGGAGCUGCUGCACUGCGCCCACGAGGCGCUGGAUGCCGGGCUUUGGCAGCAUGUGCUGCAGGGGCUCCCGGCCCACCUCUCGUUCCUGGGCACCCGGCUCACACCUCCCGACACCUACGUGCUGGGCAGUGCCUUGGAGGCGGCGGGCCGAGACUUCUCCCUGGACCUCCGCAGCACUGGCGUUGACCCCUCUGGACUGGGGAGCCUCGUGGGACUCAGCUGUGUCACCCGUUUCAGGGCUGCCUUGAGUGACACAGUGGAGCUGUGGGAGUCCCUACAGCAGCAUGGGGAGGCCAAGUUACUCCGAGCAGUGAAGGAGAAGUUCACCAUUGAGCCUUUCAAGGCUGAAUCCAUGAAGGAUGUGGAAGACCUGGGCAACCUUGUGCAGAUCCAGAGGACAAGAAGUUCCUCUGAAGACACGCCUGGGGAACUCCCUGCCAUCCGAGACUUAAAGAAGCUGGAGUUUGCGCUGGGCCCCAUCUUGGGCCCUCAGGCUUUUCCCAAACUGGUGAAGAUCCUUGAGGCCUUUUCUUCCCUUCAGCAUCUGGACCUGGACUCACUGAGUGAGAACAAGAUCGGGGAUGAGGGUGUCGCCCAGCUCUCGGCCACCUUCCCUCAGCUGAAGGCCCUGGAGACGCUCAAUUUGUCCCAGAACAAUAUCACUGACUUGGGUGCCUGCAAGCUGGCGGAGGCCCUGCCCUUGCUGGCUGCGUCCCUCCUCAGGCUGAGCUUGUACAAUAACUGCAUCUGCGAUGUGGGAGCUGAGAGCCUGGCACACGUGCUUCCAGACAUGGUGUCCCUCCGGGUGCUGGAUGUCCAGUACAACAAAUUCACAGCUGCCGGGGCCCAGCAGCUCACUGCCAGCCUGAGAAAGUGCCCUCACGUGGAGAAGCUGGCUUCCCGGACCAGGGAUUGAACCUGGGCCCUCAGCAGUGAGAGCACCAAGUCCUAACCACUGGACCGCAGGGAAGUCCCUGGCCUCAGUUUCUUCGUCUGUAAAAUGGGAGUGACAAUAAUAUUUACCCCCUAUUUAAAUAUUUAUAUUUAAAUUGUGGGGUUUAAAUGUGUCAAUAUACUCAGAAGAGUGUCUGGUACACAAAAAUGUUCUAUAUACUAGGCUGAACGAUAUGAAAUCGCUUAUAUUCAACCAUUUUUGACCUACACACCUGGCCAUUUCAUAUGGUUGAAACUUAUUUAUUAUUACAUCACUAUGAUGUCUACUGUCCAGUACUGUACUUGAUUGUCUUUCAAAGCACUUUUGUCUACAUAAUCACUCAUAUCUUCUAGGAGGGAUAGGGUGGCUCUUGUAAGACCCAUUUUGCAGAUGAGGAGAAUAAGGCACAGAUAGGUUAACUAAACUUUUUGAGAUCACACAGCAAGUCAGUGGCAGAAUCAGUUUUUAAAAAGGGGUCUUGGGGCUCCUAGGCCUCUGGUGUCCCCAUGACCCCACACUAGGCUAGGUGGGAGGAGGGAUUUGGGGGCAGCUUGUGUGGGGACCACCCCCUCUCUAACCUCUGUGUGCCAUGCCCCCAUCACAGGAUGUGGACGCCCACCAUCCCUUUUGGCGUCCAGGAACACCUGCAGCAGCUGGACUCAAGGAUCAUCCUGAGAUGAUCCAGGCUGUGCCUGGGACAAGGUAACUGAGGUGAGCUUGGAAGGGGAGAACCACGGGGGUCCCUGGGGACAGUGUCCUGUGAAGUCAGAAUCCAUAAAAGGUGGGCAGGGCAGCAGGUGGGAGCUGGGUGACAACUCCUGGACCAUGUGCCAUCUGGGCCCACCCCGUAUCCCCCUGAGCUGGGCUCGGUGCGGUGUCUUCUAAAGGCUUUGAGGACUUGGGCUCUGAGGAUCCUCCCUAUGGGCAGGCGUGGGACCCGGGUAAGGACAGGUGGGUCAGCCGUGCACGUCCCACGGCCCUCAGCAUUGGGAAGGUCUGCCUUCGAGGACUCCCCAGCCCUCCGGGCUGCUGUUUCAACCUGUCGGCUGCCCCGAUGCCCGGCAUUGUUUUCAUAGGAAUUUGCUCUACCAGUUUCCUGCCUCUCUCUGUGCGGAUGACUGUCCCCUCACUUCCAUGCUCCCCCGACCUGGGACAUCCCCCUCCUCCAUUCCUCCCAUCCCUCUCAUCCCGAAUCUCGACCGCACUUUAUCCAUGUGUUAAACUACCCUGUCCUAAAGCUUCCUGAUCUCCACCCAUCCUGACCUCUCACGGCAUGUUCUCUGAGGACACUGACAUGCUGGACCCUGACCUGGUUAUUUGUGGACACAACUCUUCUUGGGCUGUUUCCCGUGAGCCUCGGCAUCCUGGUGCCCAGCCCUGGUGGCUCAGAGUCGGCCCCCGCCCAGCUGCGGAAAGGACCCAUGGCCUGUUCUGCGAACAGACCCAGGCUCGGCCCUAGGCUCCUUCGGAGAGCAGGUUGAUGUCAGCCCUGCUCAGCCACCGCAGCCCUGGCAGAUGGGCCAGUGCCUGGUGGCAGGUGCUGUGCACCCAAGAGCCCUGAGGCAUUCCCUGCAGGACACUGCAGACAGCUGUGGCCAGGCCAGAGAGAGGGAUGAAGCGGCCACAUCCCCACCUGCCCAGGUCCCUGCCGGCCUGGGGAGAAAGCACUGCUCCACGCUGCUCUCCUAAAGGGCAAGCUCUGAGGAUACCAGCGACCAUCCCCUGCCUGCUGACCUCCCAAACCAUGACCGGCUGGGAUUCUACAGCAACUGCCUUCUGUCUCUGGGACUCACUGGUUUGCACUAACUUUGUUUGCUGAGGCCAAAUCUAGGCCUGGCCAGACACACUGGACCUUAGCAGGAAAAGAGCUGAUGGUACACUAACGGAGGAGGGGAGGGGCGAUGGACUGGAACCACGUCUACCUUUUUGCCUUCAUUUCCUGUGUCUUUUUUCACUACAUGAUAAAUGGCUCAUUUAAUCCCA